AUUUUCCUUUUCCUAGAGUAGAAUUCAUAUGUGGUGGUAUCUCUUAAGAAGAAGAGGAUGUUUAGUCUUCUUCAAUCAUCAAACCAACAACAGUCCACAGACUCACCUCAUUUCAUUUUUUGGUCGCCCACCUCUAUUUUCGUCGACAAUCGUAUUUUCUUCAAAAGAAGAGUUGUGACAUGGAGGUUAGGACCAAAAUUUUAUAUUAAUAAUAUGGUUACAUUUCUCUACACCUCAUGAAAUGCUUUUUGGUGUUGUGCCCAACUAUAAUUAUUUACGCACCUUUGGAUGUGCAUGCUAUCCUAAUCUUUCAGCCACAACCUCUCACAAACUUGCCCCGCGUUCCACUUUAUGUAUUUUUCUUGGGUAUCCCACACAUCAUAAAGGCUACCGUUGUCUUGACUUAGCCACCAAUAAAAUUAUACUCUCCCGACAUGUUGUGUUUGCUGAGAAUUCCUUUCCCUAUAAAUCCCUUCCUAUUAAUUACCCAAAUCCUACUUCCUCAUCCAAUUUCCGUGCUCCAUUUCAUCUUCUAGAUGCUGUCCUUCCACCUCCCAUAGAACCACAUACUACAUCUCCACAUGUCCCCUCUAGUCCCACACGUGUUGCCUCAUGCCCUCCCUUGCCUCCUACCUCACCUACUCAUGCUCACCCAGCUGGUUCUACUUGUUCACCACAUGUGCCGAGCAGUCCCGUUGUUGCUGCUUCUUUGCCAUCUACUCAUGAUGUCUCUAGCCAUGCAGGUACUUCUUUUGCUGCUGCUCCUGUUGAUGCUCCUCCUGUUCCGCACAGUUCCGUUGAAGCUCCUGCUGUUGGGUCCUCUACUUCUUCCACCGUCGCUUCAUCCUCCAGUCAUGCCGUGAGUCAUGGUGGUCGAACUCAUACCAUGGUUACUAGGUCCCAAGAUGGCACCCGUAAGAUUCGUGUGCUGCCUUCCUUGCUUGCUACUGAUUGUGCCUUGCAUGAGCCGAAAACUUUUAGGGAAGCAAGUGCAGAUCCGAACUGGUGCACAGCUAUGGCCGAAGAAUUUUCAGCUCUACUUCUCAAUAAUACUUGGAGUUUGGUUCCAUGUCCCCCUGAUGCUAAUGUUGUUGGAUCGAAAUGGGUCUAUCGUGUUAAACAGAAGGCGGAUGGUAGUGUUGAACGAUUGAAGGCCCGUCUUGUUGCUCAAGGCUACACUCAACAACCCGGUAUUGAUUAUGAUGAAACAUUUAGUCCUGUUGUCAAGCCUGUUACUAUUCGGGUUGUGCUUUCUCUUGCAGUAAUGCGUUCUUGGCCUAUUCAUCAACUUGAUGUCAAGAAUGCUUUUCUUAAUGGUACUUUGUCUGAAACUGUUUACAUGUCUCAGCCGACUAGUUUUAUUGAUUUCGCUCAUCCAGAUUAUGUUUGUAAGUUACAUCGAGCACUUUAUGGCUUGAAACAGGCUCCUCGGGCAUGGUUUCACAGGUUUACCUCUUUUCUCCUCUCUUGUGGCUUUGUUCAGGCUAAGUCUGAUUGGUCUUUGUUUGUGUUCCGCAAAGGUGACUUGAUGGCUUAUCUUCUUCUUUAUGUGGAUGAUAUUAUUCUCACUGCUUCGUCUUCAUCCUUGUUGGCUAAAAUUAUUUCCCUAUUGCAAUCUGAAUUUCGGAUGACUGAUUUGGGCUCUCUAAAUUAUUUUCUUGGCAGUAGUGCUCAUUUUAAUGCUACUGGCUUGUUCUUAUCUCAAUCUAAAUAUGUUGCUGACUUGCUUGCUAAGAGUGGUAUGCGUGAUUAUAAGCCUGCCUCUACACCGUUGAGUCCGAAGAUGAAAUUAAUGGUUGAUGAUGGUGUUUUGUAUCAUGAUCCCUCUUUGUAUCGUAGUCUUGUUGGUGCUCUGCAUUACCUUACCUUUACUCGGCCUAAUAUUGCUUUUGCAGUGGGCCAAGUUUGUCAAUUUAUGCAUAAGCCUACUACUUCUCAUUUUCAAGCUGUCAAACGGAUCUUACGAUACUUAAAGGGCACCAUGGACUAUGGUUUACAGCUAUAUCAUCAUUCUUUGCUUUCUUUGCAUAUGUUCACAGAUGCAGAUUGGGCAGGUUGUGUUGAUACUCGCCGGUCUGUUUCUGGCUAUUGUCUUUUUCUGGGCAAUUCUCUUAUUUCUUGGUCAUCUAAGAAACAACACACGGUUGCUCGUUAUAGUGCAGAAGCCGAGUAUCGUGCUCUUGCCAAUGCUACUGCUGAGGUCUUAUGGGUUCGUCAGUUACUUUUUGAGCUUUUUACUUUUCUUCCUACAGCACCGGUGCUAUUUUGUGAUAAUCUUAGUGCUAUCUAUCUUUCUCUUAAUCCCAUUCAGCAUCAGCGCACUAAGCAUAUUGAGAUUGAUAUUCAUUUUGUGAGAGAGAAGAUUGCUUCUGGGAUUUUGUCUAUUCGUCAUGUUUCUUCAUAUUUUCAGCGUGCUGAUGUCUUAACCAAGGCUCUUUCUAUGCCUUUGUUUCAUACUCAGAGGGCCAAUUUGAACGUGAUUUCAACUUUAACUAGGGAAAAUCAAAAUCCAAGAGGGAGAAUCGAAUAUGGAGAAAGGGGAAGAAGCAGUGAAUUAGAGCGAGGCGGUGCAGGAUCUGGUGGCAACAGGAAAACCGUAAGGCACUAUCUCCUUCCUAGAGAACCUAAUUUCCAACUCCAAGUCCCUAAUGACUCUGGCAAAACGACGGCGUUAGAUCUCUAAUUGGUUUCCGCUCUUUGCGACUUGGCUAGUCUCUACUCCUCCGUAGGCUUCUCUCUCGAGUCCAACGAGCUGUGCACUCACGCAUCUCUCAUCAGAGAACGCUUUGUCUUCUCGGUAUUGUCUCCUAGUCCUUCCUCUUUUCCUAUCCUGUUUGGUUUCCAAGAAAAAAAAAAAGGGAUUUUGAAGGUUUUAGAGAAGCUCUCGAAGAUGUAUUCUUCAUCUUUUAUUUUGAUUUUCCACAGUGGAUUUGAUUUCAGUGAGACAAAGAAUGAUUCAUCUUUUUGGUAUAGCUUAGAAUAAAUUGCUUGGUAUAAU